CUUCAAGCCUCAAACACAUAUAAUGAAAUCUUUUCUUGGAAUCCACUCUUAAGAUGGGUUUUUAAAAGUAUAGACUUUAUUAAAAUCUCAGUUCAAUUAAAAUGCAUUCAAUUACUUUAAAUCUUUAUUAAAAUCUCAGGUAAAAUUGUACAACGAUGUAAAAGAGACUUGUACUCUUUACCAGGCAGUUAAUUCUAACACAUGAACAUAAAGUGCACAGUUUUGCUCUUCAGGAGAGAAUUAAAGAGAGAGAGACAGAGAGAGAGAGAAGAAGAUUUGGUCUUGGAGUUGGGAGUGGGGAAGGGUUGAAGAUGGAGGUUGUUUUCUAUGUAGUAACUUCAGGCACUGGUUGGUUUCCUUCCACUUCUCAUUAUAGAUAAUUGUUUCUUGUGAAUAUGAGGGUGGCAUUAUCUUGUGUAAGUCCCCUUGAUGAUAUUGCUUGGCCCACUCAUAGAAUACAUUUUUUUUCUCACCAAUUUAACCAAAAUACCCUAUUAAAGGAUUUUAUUUCACUAGCUUCUUUGGAUGUUUUUGGUACAGUGUCCCUGAUUCUCUUUCAAGGGCCGCUAGAAGAUGCCAUUGAAGAGGAAGAAGAAGAGUGUCCAUCAGAGGAGACAGACAUCAUCUCAAAAGGGGACUUUCCACUGGAGGAAAGCUUUUCUACAGAAUUUGGGCCUGAAAAUCUGAGCUGUGAAGAAGUGGAAUACUUUUGUAACAAAGGUGAUGAUGAAGGAGUCCAGGAGACAGCAGAAUCAGAUGGGGACACACAGUCAGAAAAGCCAGGCCAGCCUGGAGUUGAGACAGAUGAUUGGGAUGGACCAGGAGAGCUGGAGGUAUUUCAGAAAGACGGGGAACGAAAAAUCCAGAGUCGGCAGCAACUUCCUGUGGGAACAACCUGGGGGCCAUUUGCUGGGAAGAUGGACCUGAAUAAUAACUCCUUGAAGACAAAGGCUCAGGUCCCAAUGGUGCUGACUGCUGGUCCCAAGUGGCUACUGGAUGUGACUUGGCAAGGAGUAGAAGACAACAAAAACAACUGCAUUGUGUACAGCAAAGGGGGUCAGCUUUGGUGCACAACCACGAAGGCCAUCUCUGAGGGUGAAGAGCUAAUUGCCUUUGUGGUGGAUUUUGACUCAAGGCUACAAGCUGCCAGUCAGAUGACUCUUGCAGAAGGGAUGUACCCUGCACGCCUGCUGGACUCAAUUCAGCUGCUUCCUCAGCAAGCUGCCAUGGCUUCUAUUUUGCCUACAGCUAUUGUCAAUAAGGAUAUAUUUCCUUGCAAGUCUUGUGGCAUCUGGUAUCGGAGUGAGCGGAAUCUGCAAGCCCAUUUGAUGUACUAUUGCAGUGGGAGGCAAAGAGAAGCCGCCCCAGUAUCAGAAGAAAAUGAAGACAGUGCUCCUCAGGUUUCCAGCCUGUGUCCCUUCCCACAGUGCACCAAGAGCUUUUCAAAUGCCCGAGCCCUAGAAAUGCACCUGAAUUCACACAGCGGAGUGAAAAUGGAAGAAUUCCUCCCCCCUGGUGCUAGUCUAAAAUGCACCGUCUGUAGCUACACCGCUGAUUCCGUGAUCGGCUUUCACCAACACCUGUUCUCCCAUCUCACUCAAGCUGCCUUCCGAUGCAAUCACUGCCACUUCGGCUUCCAGACUCAGAGGGAGUUAUUGCAGCACCAGGAGCUCCAUGUCCCUGGAGGCAAACUUCCCAGAGAAGGUGAUAUGGAGCACUCUCCAAGUGGAACCGAAGACAGCUUACAGCCAGCCACAGACUUGUUGACCAGAAGCGAACUCCCGCAGAGCCAAAAGGCGAUGCAGACUAAAGACGCGAGCUCUGACACAGAGCUGGACAAGUGUGAGAAAAAGACUCAGCUCUUUCUCACUAACCAGAGACCAGAGGUACAGCCUACGGCAAACAAACAAAGCUUUUCUUACACAAAAAUCAAGUCUGAGCCCUCCAGUCCAAGACUUGCCUCAUCUCCGGUUCAGCCUAACGUUGGGCCUUCUUUCCCUGUGGGCCCUUUUCUGUCUCAGUUUGCUUUCCCCCAAGAUAUCACAAUGGUCCCUCAAGCUUCAGAGAUCUUAGCCAAGAUGUCUGAACUGGUACAUCGGCGACUGAGGCACGGAAGCAGUAGCUACCCUCCCGUGAUUUACAGCCCUUUGAUGCCCAAGGGGGCCACUUGUUUUGAGUGUAACAUAACAUUCAAUAAUUUGGAUAAUUAUCUAGUGCACAAAAAACAUUACUGCAGCAGCCGAUGGCAGCAGAUGGCCAAGUCCCCAGAGUUCCCUGGCGUUUCAGAAAAGAUGCCUGAGGCCGUGAGCCCCAACACUGGUCAAACCUCCAUAAACCUUCUCAACCCAGCUGCUCACUCUGCUGAUCCUGAGAACCCACUUCUUCAAACAUCCUGCCUCAAUUCUUCCACUGUUUUAGAUUUAAUUGGGCCAAAUGGGAAGGGCCAUGACAAGGACUUUGCCGCUCAAGCUAAGAAGCUCUCCACCUCUAACAGCAGUGAUGAUAAAAUUAAUGGAAAACCUGUUGAUGUGAAAAAUCCCAGUGUCCCCUUAGUGGAUGGGGAAAGUGACCCAAAUAAGACUACCUGCGAAGCUUGCAACAUUACCUUCAGCCGGCAUGAAACAUACAUGGUCCACAAACAGUAUUACUGUGCCACACGCCACGACCCUCCACUGAAGAGGUCCGCUUCCAACAAAGUGCCUGCCAUGCAGAGAACCAUGCGCACACGCAAGCGAAGGAAGAUGUAUGAGAUGUGCCUACCUGAGCAGGAGCAGAGGCCUCCCCUGGUCCAACAGCGAUUUCUUGACGUAGCCAACCUCAGCAAUCCCUGUACCUCCACUCAAGAACCCACAGAAGGGCUAGGAGAGUGCUACCACCCGAGAUGUGAUAUCUUUCCAGGAAUUGUCUCAAAGCACUUGGAAACUUCUCUGACGAUCAACAAGUGUGUUCCAGUCUCCAAAUGUGACACUACCCAUUCCAGCGUUUCCUGCCUCGAGAUGGACGUGCCCAUAGAUCUCAGCAAAAAGUGUUUAUCCCAGUCUGAGCGGACGACCACGUCUCCCAAAAGGCUGCUGGACUACCACGAGUGCACUGUGUGCAAGAUCAGCUUCAAUAAAGUGGAGAACUACCUGGCCCACAAGCAGAAUUUCUGCCCAGUCACAGCACAUCAGCGUAACGACCUGGGCCAACUCGACAGCAAAGUAUUUCCGAAUCCAGAGAGUGAAAGAAACAGCCCCGAUGUCAGCUAUGAAAGAAGCAUAAUAAAAUGUGAGAAAAACGGAAAUCUGAAGCAGCCUUCCCCUAAUGGAAACUUGUUUUCAUCCCACUUAGCAACCCUGCAAGGCCUGAAAGUCUUUAGUGAAGCGGCUCAGCUCAUUGCUACAAAGGAAGAAAACAAACAUUUGUUUCUUCCCCAAUGCCUUUACCCCGGGGCAAUAAAGAAGGCAAAAGGGGCUGACCAGCUUUCUCCAUAUUAUGGAAUAAAGCCAAGUGAUUAUAUUUCUGGUUCUCUUGUCAUCCACAACACUGACGUGGAGCCGAGCACAAAUGCCGAAAAUGAAUCCCCUAAAGGCCAGGCCUCCUCCAACGGGUGCGCCCCGCCGAAGAAAGAUCCCCUGCCGCUGUUACCCAAAAACAGAGGCAUGGUAAUAGUCAAUGGUGGACUGAAGCAAGACGAGAGACCUGCCGCCAACCCACAGCAAGAGAACAUUUCCCAGAAUCCUCAGCAUGAAGACGGCCACAAAUCUCCCUCUUGGAUCUCUGAGAACCCGUUAGCCACAAAUGAGAAUGUCUCCCCAGGGAUUCCUUCCGCGGAGGAACAGUUGUCUAGUAUAGCAAAAGGUGUGAAUGGCUCCGCCCAGGCUCCCACCAGUGGGAAAUAUUGCCGCCUGUGUGAUAUUCAGUUCAACAACCUCUCAAACUUUAUAACUCACAAGAAGUUUUAUUGCUCAUCACAUGCGGCGGAACAUGUCAAAUGAAAUAACUUCAUAAAUAAACACCAGUCACCUUUGGUACCAGUGUUUAGUAUGUGGUUCUACCCAGUCCAGAAAACAAAAACAAAACAAAACAAAAAACAAAACACAAAAGCUGUUUGAAUUACAUCUGGGCAAUCAGGAGAUAAUUCAUUAAGGCUGAGUUGAAGACUUAAGGUGUAAUUUCAUUACAGUCCAUUAGUAAAGUGUAUUAUUGGUGCCAUUUUCAAAAAAAAAUUAAUUUAUUUUACCAGCAGUAUUCAUAGCUGUGGUUAUGUUAUUUUUUAUUUAAAAACUUUAUAUUAAAGUCAUUUGUAAUGUUAUUGUAUAGUUAUUGUGUAGCACAUAUGGUUUGCACAGUAUAGUAGCUUUUAAAGAAAAUAGUCACGAACAAUACCGAAAAGCAUUUUAGAAAUAGCUUCAAAAGCACUUGUGGAUCUUGAUUUCUUCUUAUAUGCUGUUGCAGAUAUAUGUAUAUGCUAAAAUAUAACUUGCAACGAUGUUCUAAAUACACAUGCUAUAAGUUCGCCUUAAGAUUUCAAUUCUUGGAUAAUCAGGCUCUGUUUGCACUUUAUAUUUUAGCAGAUACAGUCUCUUAGUCACUAGGCUUUGCAUUUGUAUGUAGCUGUAUGUUUCUGUCCAUUUUCUUAAUCUUAAACAUGUAUGUUAAAUGAAGAUGGCCAUUUUUUUCUUGUAUAGUACUUGUAUUUUCUUUCGCUGAUGCAGCUCUGUCUCAAUUUUUAAACCUUUGCUGUUAAAUGCAAUACUUUAUAAAGAAUGAACAAAAUUACUGGAAGCAGUAUUGUAAGUAAUGAGGUAGUGUUAAUCAGUUUUAUCUUUUGAAAGGCACAGUCUAAAUCGAAACCCUAAACUCAAUGCUGCAAGUAUGAAUUUAAUUCAUAUAUAAGAUCUAUUUAAAUAUAAGAGUAGCAAUACUGCACCUGGUGAUCACAAAGAUAAUGUUCUACUUCUGAUAGAAAUGAUUUCUCAACAAAUAUUGUUACUAUGCAUGUAUAUGGAUGGAAUAAAAUUCCAGAUUGUUGGAGAAGUUUGGCAGACUUUUUUUCUUUAAAAUACAAAGGAAAGUCUAUAUAUCUAUUCUUUGUGGUGAGAACAGGUUCAAAAUA